AUGAUCGAAGUGGAAUUUGAACUGCACCAAGUCAAGGAGCAACUGAGAGACACCGAAAAUAAUAUUGCAUACCUUUUGGAUAGGGUGUUGACAUACAGGUAUAGAUGGCUCGAGGAAUACUACCGUGCCGAGAACCUGGAUCACCAUAUGCCUCUUGACAUCUGCAUGCCUGACCUUACUCAGGUUACAUAUGGUGCUCCCUCUCCCAGCAUCUCUUCAGAUAUUUUGAAGUGGGAUGAAGCAGAUGUGGGCUCAGAACAGGCAGAACGUAACCAACUUACUAUGGCUAAGUGCGCUGCAUCCAAUGAUGAUCAAUGCGCCCCGAAGCGGUCUAGAAUGACCAAAGGAACUUAUCUGGUGACACCAUCACCCAAGGCAGAUGAAGGCGCCUGGCGCAUUCUGGAAAAUUUCCUUCUCACUGAUGCCACAUAUCCUCAGACAGAAGAGGCAUUCAAAUCCUACUUGGGUGAUCGGUACUCAGCGGAGGACUGGAAGGACACCCUAGCCAUGUUGUUCUCUGGUGACGGCAAUGACACGAUCGCGCUAGCAAAUCUUCAUGCCCUGAAGGCCAUUUACGUACCCCAGGCCUCCACUAUGCCAUUUAAUCCCUAUAUCAAUGAUACAGCAGAAGUUGACGACAAUGACGACCUCCUCAAGGAGGAGGAGGGGGAGGAGGGGGAACGUAGGCUAUCUAAUCGCUUCAUUGACGACCAAGCAAGGGAAUCCAACGAUGAGGACGAUGAGGCGGAGGAUAGAAAUGGCCCCUCUGUGAAAACGUCUGAUGUUGCGUCCUUGCCAGGCUCAUCUGCCAAGAAUAGGUUGGCCACUGUGAUUGAUGAUAUCAUGGGCAGGUACCAAAAGAAACCGAGCGAUUUUUCAAGGGGACGCCUUCCUUACAAAGUUGCCUGGUUCCCCAGCACAAUCGAGAACAGGAUGUAUCUUCUUCUAGUUCAUAGAACUGCUACUCAGUAUAUCGCCAAACAUCUUCAAAGUAAAGGAUUUACUGCUACCGUGUUGGCCUGGGUACCAGGCCAACUCUAUGUGAUCUUGGAUAGCCCCAAGACAAUUUCAGCCUCGCUUCUGCCCUCACAUAGCCUUUCGGUGAGAGAAUACCUGCGCAUCUCAGAGGAGGAACACGAAGCAGUAGAACACGCACAUAUCAAGCUUCCCAACCCAUUGUGGGUUAGGAUCAAACAUGGCAAGUACAAGGACACCAUAGCCUAUGUGUUCGAUUCCGAGCAAUCCGAUCUUUUUGUUAAGGUUCUGGUGCCUCCACGAGACUUCCCUUGUCCCAUGCCUAAGGGAUCUGUUGCACUACUCGACCCUUCUCGCCUUCCCAAAGAUAACACAGUGACCAACAUCCUUCACAACAAGGAAGUUGUAGGAUCCUUAUACAAAGGAGAAAGGUACUACAAGGGACUUCUACAGAAGAACUGCCAUCAGUAUCUCCUAGAAUUUGUGGCCUGUUACGACUGGGAUAGUUCUGCUGUUGCCGGUCAAGAUAGACCUGUUGGGCGAACAUUCCUGCGUGUAGGUGAUGCGGUCAGGAUCGUUACAGGAAAAGUAUGCUCAGAGAUCGGUACGAUCCUGUCGAUAGACCAUGCACUUGAUUCCGCAUGCUUAGAGCUCCCCUUUGAUGGGGAUCAAGUUGAAACAGAAGUUCAACUGCAUUAUCUGGAGCGUGUAUUCUGUAUUGGGGACACAGUACGAGUUGUAGCGGGUGCGUACUUGGACUUGGAAGGACAUCUCAUUCGAAUAUUGGAGGAUAUAUCCCACAUUUGUCAAGAUAUCUCUAAGGAAGAGGUGCAAGUGUCAAGACACUACUUAGAUUGUCGUCCUAUAAAUCACACGUUUCAACCACAACUAUCAAUGCUGCAACAUUACGAGCCUCCUCACGACGACGAAUCCAUCCAAGUCGGAGACCGUAUAGAAGUACUUGUGGGAGAACAUAUGGGGAAAUGCGGAAUCGUAUCAUGGUUUCCUGUAGGAGCGAUGCAGCUGUGGUUCCACGAUUUGUCCCCAAUCUUCAAUGAGGACGAAAUUGAGCACAGUUUGGGACCUCCAAUUAUGCAAGUUGCCCCUGCAUUCGUCCGACAGACACACCUCUCACAAACAAUCACGUAUACAAAAGAAAGGGGUUACAAUGUAAGGCCUGGAGAUGUUGUCAGUGUCGCUCAUGGACCGGACUAUCAGAUCAAGGGCGUCGUGCAGAGUGUCGACUUCCCCAAGGCAUGUUUGACACUACUAUCUGAGAGUGAUCAGUCGCUCAUUUGUGGCCAAAAUAUGCAAUGCGCCUUUGGAUUCAUUUUGAAAUAUCAUCAACAACAAAGUGUUUCUGAUUGGAGGCAACCAAAAGGGCUUCCGAGCUACAUUAUACAGCAUUGGGAUGGAGACUUGUGUUGUUGCAGUGCAUGGGCAGGCGCGUAUCACAGUCAAGUGCCAGGACAUUGCCACAAGAUAUGGAAUGAGGUUAAAUGGUCAUACUUAACAUUGCCACCGCAAAGAUGCACCACUCCCCCUCCAGACCGAGUUCCCUCCGCCUCAUCUACUUCUACCCACACAGAUUCAAGCGUGCCGUGGACGUCCUGGAGCAUCAACCCUGAGGAUAUAAAUGCUGCAGAGAAUCCUUCAUCAAUUGUUGGUCCCAGUUCGUCAACAUUUGACCCCUGGACUGUGAAUGAACAGGACAUUCAGGAUAACCUCGACGCUGCAGCUGAAAAAGUUCAAAACAAUGGCCCACUACAUUGGCUAAUGUCAAAGGAAUUUGCUUCGCAGCUCCUCGCACAUCACGCACUGUUGAAAGUCUCAUUGAAGUUCAAUGGAGGUGGAGGCAAGCUUCACAGACAAUUUGUAUCAACUGCAUGUCCUGACCCAUUCUGUGGUGCAAACGGACCCGCACCUGAGGGGUUUGUCGCAGUGUUCUGCCCAUCAAGUAAUAAAGGCACUACACUUGAACACUACUACAUCCCUGCUGGUGAUCUGUCUCCAGCACCUCUGCGAAGAAAGAAUUAA